AAGCCCGGGGCGGGGUGUCCCACCGCACCCCCCCGCCGGCCGCGGCGGGGCGGGGAGCCGCCCGCUGGGGCCGCCCGCUGGCGGCCGAGGGGAAGGACCGGCGGCAGGAGGAGGGCGGCGGCUCCGCCCCGGCAGCGGGGCGUCGGGCUCCUCUCGGCCGCGGCGGUGGGGACGGCGGCAGCCGGCGGUAGCGACGGGGUCUGGCUUGGCCGCCAGCGGGGACCCAGUGCUGCCCCGCUGCGCCCGCCCGCUCCAUCGCACGCUGUUGUCAUGGAGGAGCCAAGAUGGCGGCCCUGGCCUACACCGCGGGCAAGCGGGAGAUCAACUACUACUUCAGCGUGAGGAGCGCUAAGGCGCUGGCGCUGGGCGCCGUCCUGCUGCUCGCCGCCUGCCACGCCGCCUCCCGCCGCUACCGAGGUGGCGAUACAUGUGAGUAUCUUCUGUCCAGUGGGAGAUUUCUUGGAGAAAAAGUAUGGCAACCCCACAGUUGUAUGAUGCAUAAGUAUAAAAAUAGUGAAGCAAAAAAUUGCCUCAUAGACAAACGUAUUGUGUUUAUAGGAGAUUCUAGAAUUCGACAGCUGUUCUAUUCAUUUAUAAAACUCAUAAAUCCUCAAGUCAAAGAAGAAGGAAAUAAACAUGGAAAUAUCCUGUUUGAAGAUAAAUCUGCUUCAAUUAAAGUGGAUUUCCUGUGGUAUCCAGAAGUUAAUGGUUCUAUGAGGCAACGUAUCAAAUCUUGGACUGAGGGUUCUGUUGCAAAACCUCAUAUAAUUGUAGCUGGAGCUGCCACGUGGUCUAUCAAGAUCCACAAUGGCAGCAAUGAAGCCCUCACACAAUAUAAAAUCAAUAUCACUUCAAUUGCACCUCUUUUGGAAAAAUUAGCAAAAAGUAGUGAUGUUUACUGGGUCUUACAAGAUCCUGUUUAUGAAGAUAUGCUGAGUGAAAGUCGGAAAAUGAUCACUAAUGAGAAAAUAGAUGCUUAUAAUGAAGCAGCUGUUCGUAUUCUGAACAGCAGUUCCCGAAAUUCCAAAGCUAAAGUUAAAGUGUUCAGUGUAUCAAAAUUGAUAGCACAAGAAACUAUCAUGAAGUCUGCAGAUGGCCUGCAUCUCCCUGAAUCAAGCAGAGAUACAAAUGCGAUGAUUCUUAUGAACGUCUACUGCAAUAAGAUAAUGAAGCCCAUUGAUGGCUCCUGCUGCCAGCCUCAGCCUCCUCUCACUCUGAUACAGAAGUUAGCUUUCUGUUUCUUUACCUUGUCCAUUAUUGGAUAUUUAAUUAUCAAUUUAAUUAAUCGGAAUAAUUAUCGGAAGAACAAAUCAUGCACUGAUUUGGAAAGUGGAGAGGAGAAGAAACCUGCCAUCAGCACUCCUAAUGGUUCUACUUUGGAGAUGCUCUUACACUCCUUCUGCAAACUUGGUCUAAUCAUGACCUAUUUUUAUCUGUGUGACAGAGCAAAUCUUUUCAUGAAGGAAAAUAAAUUUUAUACACAUUCAUCUUUCUUCAUACCAAUCGUCUAUAUCUUGGUUUUGGGGGUAUUUUAUACCGAAAAUACCAAAGAGACUAAAGUGUUAAAUAGAGAACAGACUGAUGAAUGGAAGGGCUGGAUGCAACUUGUAAUUUUGAUUUAUCAUAUCUCUGGAGCAAGCACUUUUUUGCCAGUGUACAUGCACAUUCGAGUUCUGGUUGCUGCAUAUCUGUUCCAAACAGGUUAUGGGCACUUCUCAUAUUUUUGGAUAAAAGGGGACUUUGGUGUAUACAGAGUGUGUCAGGUUUUAUUUCGUCUCAAUUUCUUGGUUGUGGUACUGUGUGUAGUGAUGGACCGACCUUACCAGUUCUACUACUUUGUGCCAUUAGUCACUGUCUGGUUUAUGAUCAUUUAUGCCACCUUAGCUAUAUGGCCUCAGAUUGUCCAGAAGAAAGCAAAUGGGAACUGCUUAUGGCACUUUGGUUUACUGUUGAAACUGAUUUGCUUACUGACAUGUAUAUAUUUUCUGUCAUAUUCUCAGGGUGCAUUUGAGAAGAUAUUUUCUUUUUGGCCACUGUCCAAGUGUUUUGAACUGAAUGGGAAUGUCUAUGAAUGGUGGUUUAGGUGGAAGUUGGAUCGCUACGUGGUUUUUCAUGGGAUGCUGUUUGCUUUUAUUUAUCUGGCAUUGCAGAAACGUCAGAUGAUAUCAGAAGGAAAGGGGGAUCCUCUUUUCUCCAGCAGAGUUUCAAAUGCUCUAUUAUUUAUUUCAGUUGCAUCUUUUCUGACCUACUCUAUUUGGGCUAGUAGCUGUAAAAACAAGACAGAGUGCAAUGAACUACAUCCUUCUGUUUCUGUGGUGCAGAUUUUAGCUUUCAUCCUCAUCAGGAACAUUCCUGGAUACGUCCGAUCUGUGUAUAGCUCGUUCUUUGCCUGGUUUGGCAAAAUUUCUCUAGAGCUUUUCAUUUGCCAAUACCAUAUUUGGCUGGCAGCAGACACAAAGGGGAUCCUGGUGCUCAUUCCUGGAUAUCCAAUGUUUAAUGUUCUUGUCAGCACUUUUAUAUUCGUGUGUGUGGCACAUGAAAUUUCUCAGAUCACUAAUGACCUAGCGCAGAUCGUUGUUCCUAAAGAUAACUCGACUCUGCUUAAAAGGUUGCUAUGCAUAGCUGGAUUUUUUUCUGGACUACUCCUCUUCUCAGCAAUGCAAGAUCAGUCAAGGCAUUAACUUUUCUUCAGGUUUACUUUGAGUCUGCCUGAACAAAACUUCUCAGUUGGAGGUACAAGAGGACAUUUAAAUUAAGUGUGUGGAAAAUGUAUAUAGAGCAAAUGUACAUACUUUGUGUGGAAAUAGCCUUCUCAAAGAAUCUGAGAAACAAGAAUGCACUGUACAGAAUUGCAUGUGAAGAUGAGUCUUUUCUACUGGAUGUAUGUUUCUGUUUACAUAUCUGUUCAAACAUGACACAAAGGAGUGAAGUCAAGUGGUUUAGCAAUACCGUGUGCAUAUCCCGGAAUUAACUCUACCUUGGGUCAGCUGACUGACGAAUGGGCGUUGCUAGAGCAGCGCCUGCGUGUCAGACACGCUGUAAUCAUUCUCCUCAAGGAACAAAAAGGAGCAAACUUACGAUCCUUCAUUAAUGGUACCUUUAGCUGAUGUGAAACAUGAAGUUACUGGUAAACCAGGGCAUUUUUCUGAUCAAAAUGGUAAUUUUUUUCUUCAGAAAGGAGUAUUUUGGGUGGAGAUAGUAUGUUAUAUGAAACCCUUUAUACGUGGAAAUAAAAAGUUAUCACCAAAUCAGUGAUUUAAGAUUAUAUACAAGUUUACAUAUUUUUUUUUCUUUAAGAAAUUUAAGAUGUUAUGGUAAAUUCUGAAGUGAAAUUUUUUUAUAUAAAGAAAAUUCUAUUUUUUUUCCCUAAAAUUGUUUGCUUUUUCAUACACUUUCCACUAAUUCAUUUAACUAUGUGCAGUUCUCUAUACAGUCACAGUGAACAGACAAAUGAGUAAUUUUCAGAGACUCAGUUCAAGAAGGAGAAUUUUUGGAAGACCUCCGACCUUUUCCAGUCAGAUCAAAUCCCAUCAGAUCCACUCCAUCAGACCUUAAGCAGGAGCACGGGGAAACAGUGAUCUUGGAACCACGGAGUUUGUAGGUGACCUUGAACUAGGUCUCACUAGGGAACUGGUGCCAUAUCCUAGCCUGUAGUAAUGUUUUUAUUUGAAAGGAUGCAAGUCAAUCUGUUCAUAUCCCAAGAAGGAGGGAUUAAGUCAUUUUCCUGUUGCACGCAGAGGUUAACUCUCAGUAUUAAAAUGAAAUGAGAUGGGAGCUGUUUGGAGGAACCUUUUGUCCCAUCCUCUUUAGCAGUGCCCAUCUUAUUAACUCUUUAGCAUAAAAAUGAAAGACAUAGCCCUUGAGUGGGGCAGUGACAAGCUGUAAUUCACAUUUCACUUACUCAGUAAAGUUAUGGUCAUUUCUUUGCUAUUUGUGGUUUUGAUUCAAGCGAUAGUUUGACCUCUAGUUGCUUUUACAUUUUAUUCUACCAAUUACUUGUUAGCAGUCAAAACCAUGAGCACAAUAUCCUUUUCCAAGCAUAUGUGCAAUUCUGUAUGAUUAUAAACAAUAUGAAUCUUAAUUUGUACCAUAUGUACUGUCAUAUACAUGUUUUUGAUUUUAUCCCAGUUAAAAAACUGAAUUCAAACUUGCAGCCACCACUGAGUGCAAAAAAAAGUUGUGGAAAGAAUGGCUUCAAUAUUACUUUUUUUGGUGGAGAACAAUUUCUUUUAAAGAAUGACCAGUCAUUCAUCAUAAAAAAGAAAAAAAAAACAUUCACUUCCCCCAAAUUCAGCAGUUUCACUAAGUCUGCCAGCUAUUUUAGAAGCUAGCGGAAAGACACUCAGCUGUUUGUUCUUUGUGUGCAUUACUUCCAGUGUUUGGAACGUUAACCUCCUUGAUCGGUCAGUUCAUUGGAAUGGCUGAAAGAAAUGGUGUAGGUGAACACUGUAGUGAGGGAUAGGAUGCAUGACCUUCAUCUAUGCCAGUAUUAGGAGCAAUGGGGAACUGUGAGUUUGAGAGAGAAUUUUUUUUUUUUGUUCUUCACAACUUAAGUACUGUAGAUAUAAUUUUAUUUAUCUGUUGUACAGACUCGGUUAAAAGAUUUAUUUUUAAUGUUUGAAAUAAUGCACUUGUUUACUGUAUGUGGGAUAAAUAUAUUUUCUUUUCAAGUUAUGUAAAGAUACGAACUAAUUUAAACAUUAAAUAAAUGUGCUGUGGAUGCUUAUUUUUGUAAUGGGAGCAGCAUCAAUUAAGUAAAAACUUUUUAUGGCUUGACUCUA